AACCAGGAAACCCAUCACUGGGUGCAAGAAGAAGAGAGAGAGUGAAAUCAAGAAAGAGGGAGACAAGCGAGAAAGAGAGAGCAGCAGCAACAAUGACAGAGAACGUGUUUCCGCUGUGCUGUGAGUAGCUGUCUGAGCUGUGCUGGCCCUGAGAUUAUGUGUGCAGGGCUGCUAUGCUGCUAAGGUCUAUAUGUGAAUGGUAGUUAUCACAUUGUUACGCUAAACAGGGGACAAGACUUUCACUGGAGGCAUGAAAGGGUGAGUCAGUAAGGGUGGAGAGAAUGGGGAGGGAAGGGAGUGGGAUGGAAGGAGCUGCAAUUGUUUAGACAGAGGGUGAGUAGUUGUGUGUCUGUGUCGAGACCUUCCUCCCUUUCAGCUCGAUCUUUCUCCUCCUCAGCCUGUGGAGUUGUGCAGCUGAAAUUCUGAAAAUGUUCAAGAACAAGUCUUACUUUCAUUUUUUGUUUCUGAAGACCUGACUGAAAAAAAGUAGGUGUAAACUGACAGCUGGGACUUUUUAGGUGAAGGGCUUAACUUGUGAUGCAUUUUGUAGGAUGCCGUAACCAUACAUGCUCUUCCUUUCUGGAUUACUGUAUGUAAUGAUAUUGGAUUAUUGUUUGGAUUAUGGACAGAUGCUGGUGAAGGAGGCAAAGUUGUGCACUUACCAACUCAAGAUGACAGUUCAGGCACACAGUCGUAAGGACAAGAGGUGUCUGCUGAAACGGUCAAAAACAUGAGCCCGUGUCACCUCUGCUCAGCUACACGAAGUUCUACUAAUUAUUCACAUGCACACCUAAAAUCUGAGCGCUCCGACAAUUUAAUGCACACACAGAACAGUAGUGCUGGUAUUUGCUGUCAAAGAGGCCCCCCCCACAAACACACACACAGCCUGACUGACAUUUGAGGACAUUUAGUGCAUCACGUCACAUUCAAUCAACACACAACACAACCAGUGCUCACAGCCAAAGAAUUUGGACAACUUUGAAUAAUGGCAACAGCAGGAUCAGGGGCCUCCAAGAGCCUGAAGCCCAGCUCCCAGUCUCUCACUAGCGGAGACCGGCGGACGGUGGACAAGGUGUUCAAAAGGCUGGACAGACUCUAUCAGCUCUCCACCAACCCUCGCCUGGGCCUGAGGAACAGUCCGCCAUACCUGCCAGAGUUGGUCUCUGAGACGGCCACGCUGCUCACUCAAGUGUGGGAGCCGUACCGAGGGUCCAGGCCAUCAAGCAGCCAGGUGCCUCGAGGAGACGAGGCAGAGUACCUGAAGGUCCACGUCAGACACUUGCUGGAUAAGACAGACAGAGCCGUGCUGCUGUUUAAAGAGGGACGGGACAAGAUGUUCGAGGAGACGUCCAGCUGCAGGAGGAACUUGACCAAACUGUCCUUGCUCUUCAGUCACAUGCUGUGGGAACUGAGGUCCAUGUUUCCCGGGGGCCAAUUUCACGGUGACACCUACAGACCGUUUAAAAUCGAGGCUGAGGAGUUUUGGAGAAAUUCGUUUGGCAACAAAUGUAUUGUGGAGUGGGCUAGUUUUAAACAGCAGCUGCAAAGAGUCCAUGCCUUUGAGGAAGGGAUGGAGUCCAUGGCUUUGAGGUCAACCAUCAACCUCACCUGUAACAACUACAUCUCAGUGUUUGAGUUUGACAUCUUCACCAGACUGUUUCAGCCCUGGAAGACACUUAUUAGAAACUGGAACCAGUUAGCAGUGACCCAUCCAGGCUACAUGGCUUUCCUUACAUAUGAUCAGGUUAAAGCUCGUCUGGAAAAUUACCUACACAGACCUGGGAGCUAUAUCUUCCGUCUCAGCUGCACUAGAAUGGGACAGUGGGCUAUUGGUCAUGUGACCAAUGAAGGCAAAAUUGUGCAGACCAUUCCCCAGAAUACACCUCUCUACCAGGCCCUCAUUCAAGGCUUCAAGGAGAGCUGCUACCUGUACCCAGACGGUCGCGAUGUGAACCCUGACCUGACAAGCCUGUGUGAGCCGGCCGAGAGAGACAGGGUCAAAGUCACAGAGGAGCAGUAUGAGCUGUACUGUGAGAUAGGCAGCACCUUCCAGCUGUGUAAGAUCUGCACAGAGAGGGAUAAGGACACUCGUAUCCAGCCCUGUGGCCAUCUGCUGUGCCAGCCCUGCCUCACUGGCUGGCAGAAGUCCGACGGCCACACCUGCCCAUACUGCCGCUGUGACAUCAGAGGAACUGAAUCCAUCCUCAUCGAACCUUACCAGCCGGACAGCAGUCCAGAGGAGGAGCAGGACAACGACGACGAUGAGGAUGAGGAUGAUGAGGACCACGAGGACAUACAGCUGGUGAUUAAGAAAGUGGCUGCCAUGCGGAGGGUAUGUCAGGGUCACCGGGUUCCCAGCACCUACCUCAACCCUCCACCCCUGCCCCCUAAAAGCAGUGGGACCCCACACUGCCCCUCUCCCCACACCCAGUCCCGGCCGUCUGCAUCCCACAUGCAGGCCAAACACUCCCACUCCCAUCCUGCUCACAGUAGCAACCACGCACAUAGAAGACGUGCAGCACAGAAAAGCAGUUGCCAGUGGGAGGAGCAAACCAGCAGUGAAGAUGAGAGCUCUGGUGGGCUGAGACCCCCUCUGCCACGCACACUUUCCAGCAGUGUGGACUGCCUGACAGGAGGACAUCAUCCUUCCUCCUUUCAUUCAGUUGAAGAGAGUGGAGCAGCAUGGAUCGGACCCUCCAACCCAGCCAAACAGAAAAAGGGACAAAAAGAGAGGGUGGAAAGGAGCGAGGAGCUAAGAAGAGACCGAUGUGGUCAGAUAAAGAUGGACAGAACAAUGUCAUCCUGACAGAGGAAAAACAUCCAUCACUCUUGAAUGUAAAAACAUAGUUUUCCACAGUGAGGAAGACCAGGAUAAC